AUGGGCGACCAGGAGGAGUUUUCCCAGCUCUCGCUGCCUGAUCAGUUCGCACACAAGAACUGGAAAGCACGGAAAGGUGGCUACGAAACGGCCACGAAGGAGUUCGGCACUGCGCAACCGACAGAUCCUAUCAUUCGAGAGUUCACAGACGGGUCAUUAUGGAAGGCCGCGGUCAGCGACAGCAAUGUUGCAGCGCAACAGGAAGCAUUGGGUGCAUACAACGCAUUUCUGGAGGCCAGCGGCACGGACGGCGCGCGGAGAACAAGAGGCAAUACUGUGACGGGCGUGGUGGAGAAGGGUUUGACGGGCAGACCUGCGGCGAAGGCGGCAGCAACGGAGACAUUACUGCUGCUCGUGGAGCUGGACAAGGCCGAUCCGAUCAUUGAGGAGCUGUUGCCAUUCGUAUCGCACAAGCAGCCAAAGCUCAUCGCGGCGGCACUGUCGGCGCUCACGACUAUCAUCCAUGCAUACGGCUGCAAAGUGGUCGAGCCCAAGCCGAUCGUCAAGAUACUACCAAAAGUCUACGCACACGCCGACAAGAACGUUCGUGCGGAAGGGCAGAACCUCACAGUCGAGCUGUAUCGAUGGCUGCGGGAAGCGAUGAAGCCGUUGUUUUGGGGAGAAUUGAAGGAAGUGCAGCAGAAGGAUCUGGAGAAGCUGUUCGAGCCAGUGAAAGCAGAGCCCAUGCCGAAGCAGGAGCGAUUGUUGAGGAGUCAGCAAGCGGCGAAGGAAGUGGCGGAAGCUGCUCCAGCGGAGGCAGAAGAGGCAGAAGAAGAGGAGGGAGCAGGAGAGAUUGAUCUGGAGCCUGAAUACGUGGCCGUUGAUGUCCUUGCGAAGGUUCCUAAAGACUUCUCCGAUCGAUUGGCUUCAUCGAAGUGGAAGGACAGAAAAGAUGCAUUGGACGAUUUAUUCGCAGCUUGCAACGUGCCAGCUAUACAAGAAGGCCCGUUCGACGAGAUCGUGCGCGGCUUGGCGAAGAGCAUGAAAGACGCCAACAUUGCCGUUGUCACGGUUGCAGGAAAUUGCGUGGAGUGCCUUGCAAAAGGUCUACGACGGUCUUUCGCCAAGUACCGAAGCACGAUCCUCACACCCAUGCUCGAGCGGUUCAAGGAGAAGAAGGCGAGCGUCACUGACGCUCUAGCUGCUGCUUGCGAUGCUGUUUUCAUGUCGACAGGUCUCGGAGAUAUCCAGGCAGAUGUAUUGGAGGCGCUCAAGAACAAGAAUCCUCAGAUCAAGGAGCACAGCGCGAAGUUCCUGGCGCGAAGUUUGACGAUGACAAAGGAAGCACCCACGCCCGAGCAAACGAAGGAAAUUGUAGAGCCUUCGAAGAAGCUACUCACCGAGUCGGCAGUUACGUUGCGAGAUGCUGGAGCGGAGAUUCUCGGAGUACUGUGGAAGAUCAUGGGCGACAGAAAUAUGCUCUCACAUCUGGAUGGUCUUGAUGAGAUCCGAAAGACCAAGAUAAAGGAGUAUAGCGACGCUGCAGAAGUCAAAGCGAAGUGGAAGCCCAAAGCUGCUGCUCCUCCGCCUAAAGCUGCGCCUGCUGGCAAGAAGCCUGGCCCAGCGGGCAAACGAACUGUCGGGAGCGCGAAGAAGCCUCCACCAGCGAGAGCUGCGAGCCCGGCACUGGAUGAGCCAGCUUUACAGCCACGACCGACGAGCCGACCAGCGACCAAGGCAGCCGGCGCAGGUCUCAAGCCGCCGGGCAUCAAACCUCCCUCUGGUCUGUCGAAGGCCGGCUCUGGUCUAAAAGCGCCCGCCUCUGGCACCGCAUCUCCCAAACGGCAAGGCGUGGUCUUCGAUGAGCAGGCCGCAGCACCGCCAGCCAAGCCCGGUCUUGCAGCUCCCAAUCGUGGUCUCGCUGGCCGCCCACUUGGCAAGCCCUCCUCCACACCCGCCUCACCGCCUCGUGAGGAGCGCUCAGAGCAAUCGGCGUUAUCCUCCAUAGAACGGCAAGAACUCUCCGAACUCCGCUCCUCCGUCGAACUCCUCCAACAACAAACCUCCGACCUCCGCAACGACAAGCUAAAACAGCAGUCCCAAAUCACCGAGCUCCAGAACCAGAACGCGCAACUAAUCGAAGACCACACGCGCGACGUCCUCCAAAUCAAAGCAAAAGAAACCCAGCUCGUCCGCGCCCGCUCAGACGCCGAGAACGCAGAAGAGCGAGCAAACUCACUCAGCAAAGAAAUCGACCGCCUCAAGCGAGAGAUGUCCCGCCUCGGCCGCGUGAGAUCAGAAAGCGGCGAUGGCUCCCUCGACACCAACGGUAACACCGACUUCACGCCCACUUCAACUCGGCCAACCUACGGCAGCAGCCGCUCGUACGCCGCACCCGCCUCACGUCCUGCGUACAGCAGCUUGAACAGUUUUGAUGCGCCAGGCGGACAGGAAGGUAAGGAGAACAUCCCCGCCGACGUGCAUGUUGGUGGUAAGCUGAGCGGCGUCUCAGUGCCCCCUUCCUCCGAGCGACACGCGUAUUCACGACCGAUGAGCAACGGGUCUUCCGGGCGGGCGACGCCUGCUUCGGCGGACGGAGGAGAGAGUUUGGGCAGCGGACAUGGGUUGUCGAGGAACCCGUCGCAGAGUGGGGAUGGGGUGGAGAGCUGGCGGCGGGCGGCGGAGGUGACGCAGAAUUUGAAGGCGAGGAUUGAGAUGAUGAAGGCGAGGCAGAAUAUUGGGAGGGGGCAAUAA